CUUUCAUCUUAUUUUGCAACCUUCAAACGACCCUUAGCCUUUUUGUUUCCAGUUUUGAAGCCAUCCAAUCCAACCAACCCUAUAUACGGCCAGCGAUGUCUGUGAGUAAGAUUGAAGCCAAGAGUCCGGCGGCAAUACUAGCCAUUGGGACGGCAAACCCAGCCAACUGUUACUACCAACAAGAUUAUCCUGAUUUCCUAUUCCGAGUUACCAAUAGUAACCAUAUGACAGAAUUGAAAGACAGGUUCAAGCGCAUAUGUGAAAAAUCAAACGUAAAGAAGCGUUAUCUUCACAUCACGGAAGAGAUCCUAAAGGCAAACCCAAACAUAUGUCGCUACAAGGCAACCUCACUGGAUCCACGUCAGGACAUGAUGAUUCCAGAGGUACCCAAGCUUGGCAAGGAAGCGGCAUUGAAGGCCAUCGAAGAGUGGGGCCAGCCCAUUUCAAACAUCACACAUCUCAUCUUCUGCACAUCUUCCUGCGUCGACAUGCCUGGCGCCGACUUUCAACUCGUCAAGCUCCUCGGCCUUGACCCCUCUGUCAACAGAUUCAUGAUCUACCAACAAGGCUGCUUCGCUGGUGGGACUGCCCUACGUCUUGCCAAGGACGUCGCAGAAAACAACCCUGGUGCACGCGUUCUGGUGGUGUGCUGUGAGAUCACAGCUAUGUUUUUUCAAGCACCCACUGAGAGCCAUGUGGAUGUUUUGGUAGGACAGGCUUUGUUUGCAGAUGGUGCGUCGGCUUUAAUUGUUGGUGCCAAUCCUGACCCCAAAAUCAACGAACGCCAGGUGUAUGAGAUUAUGUCAACGAGAGAGACUAUUGUCCCAUACUCGGAGCAUGGCGUGGUGGUACACGUGCGUGAAAUGGGUUGCGAGUAUUAUCUUUCACCAGAUGUGCCAAAGUUGGUUGAUGCAAACAUUGAGGAGAUUUUCGUAAAAUUGUUUAGCGAAAUUGAUGGGAUAAAUAAUGAUUGGAACUCGUUGUUCUAUUGCAUCCACCCUGGUGGACCGGCCAUUUUAGACAAGGUUGAAGAAAAACUGGGUCUGAAUGAGGAGAAGCUGAGAGCAACCAGGCAUGUAUUGAGGGAGUAUGGGAACAUGGGAGCUCCAUCUGUUUUUUUUAUUCUCGAUGAGAUGAGGAAGAAGUCAAUGGAGAAAGGAAAAGCCACGACUGGUGAAGGGCUGGAAUGGGGUGUUCUGAUUGGGAUCGGGCCAGGGCUAACCGUGGAGACUGUUGUACUGCGUAGUGUCCACAUUGCUGCCUGCUAAUUAAGUCCUUAAUUACUGAUCAUGAAUUAAGGGCGAGUUUGGUAUUACUAUAAUGUUAAAAUAAUCUCUCUCAAAUUUGCUAUAAGAGAGAGCAGUUUGGUGCUUGGUAAACUUAUUGUUAUAAGUGUUGUUUGUAUAAUAAUCAGUUUCUAAGUGUUUGGUAAAUAUUUGUGUGGAAGUGUUGUGAGCUGUGUAUAAUAAAUAAAAAGGGCAUUAUGUUGAAUGACUUUUAUGUUUAAGUGUUUGGUAAAAGGAAAUGCACUUUCACUUUAUUUU